AAGUGGGCUACUGAGAAAUGAAUCUAGCAGGGGAGGCGUGAGUAGAAGGAAUCUAGAAGAAAAUAAGUUUAAACACUUCGCUUUGGCUCACUUGCCUGGGUUUCAGCUGCAGCUACUGUACUUUAAUACUGAAGAAGCAGGGCUAGAUAUUUGCAAGUCCAAGCAGGAGGGCUGCAAGCCUGCAAAUCUAACAGCUGGAGAGUGUUGUGGUGGCUGCUUUCCUGUGGUAAGCUGAUUUACUUGUUUAAGGUCUGACCUCAUCAUCCUGUCAGCAUGGGUUCCCACCUACACUGUUAGCUGCAGCCUUCUACUUCUGCUAGAAGGCUACAAGUAUUCACAGUGUAUCAUAGGCAGUGGGGGAGGGGAGAGAAAGCAAGAAAGACUGCUCUCGGCACUUGUGCUUUUGUUAGUUCUACAGAAGAGGCAGAAAAACAAGAGAUAACAAAGGCUCCGUUUCCUUUCUGUGAGAGAAGGCUUUUGUCUUUCCUCCUGCUACGAUGUCAGUGUCUGGCAAGAAAGAGUUUGAUGUGAAACAGAUCCUAAGGCUACGCUGGAGGUGGUUUAGUCAUCCUUUUCAAGGUUCCACCAACACUGGAAGCUGUCUUCAGCAGGAAGGAUAUGAGCAUAGAGGGACCCCGGUUCAGGGCAGGUUGAAGAGCCACUCUCGGGACAGAAACGGGCUGAAGAAAAGCAACAGUCCUGUCCACCACAAUAUACUGGCACCAGUGCCAGGACCGGCCCCUGCCCAUCAGAGAGCCGUUCAGAAUUUGCAGCAACAUAAUCUGAUAGUACAUUUUCAAGCAAAUGAAGAUACUCCUAAGUCAGUUCCAGAGAAGAAUUUAUUCAAAGAAGCUUGUGAGAAACGCGCACAAGAUUUGGAGAUGAUGGCUGAUGACAAUAUAGAAGAUUCUACAGCAAGAUUAGAUACACAACACUCUGAAGACAUGAAUGCCACCAGAUCUGAAGAGCAGUUCCAUGUUAUAAACCACGCAGAGCAAACUCUUCGUAAAAUGGAGAACUAUUUGAAAGAGAAACAACUAUGUGAUGUGCUACUGAUUGCAGGACACCUCCGCAUCCCAGCCCAUAGGUUGGUUCUCAGCGCAGUGUCUGAUUAUUUUGCUGCAAUGUUUACUAAUGAUGUGCUUGAAGCCAAACAAGAAGAGGUCAGGAUGGAAGGAGUAGAUCCAAAUGCACUAAAUUCCUUGGUGCAGUAUGCUUACACAGGAGUCCUGCAAUUGAAAGAAGAUACCAUUGAAAGUUUGCUGGCUGCAGCUUGUCUUCUGCAGCUGACUCAGGUCAUUGAUGUUUGCUCCAAUUUUCUCAUAAAGCAGCUCCAUCCUUCAAACUGCUUAGGGAUUCGAUCAUUUGGAGAUGCCCAAGGCUGUACAGAACUUCUGAACGUGGCACACAAAUACACUAUGGAACACUUCAUUGAGGUAAUAAAAAACCAAGAAUUCCUCCUGCUUCCAGCUAAUGAAAUUUCAAAACUUCUGUGCAGUGAUGACAUUAAUGUGCCUGAUGAAGAGACCAUUUUUCAUGCUCUAAUGCAGUGGGUGGGGCAUGAUGUGCAGAAUAGGCAAGGAGAACUGGGGAUGCUGCUUUCUUACAUCAGACUGCCAUUACUCCCACCACAGUUACUGGCAGAUCUUGAAACCAGUUCCAUGUUUACUGGUGAUCUUGAGUGUCAGAAGCUCCUGAUGGAAGCUAUGAAGUAUCAUCUUUUGCCUGAGAGAAGAUCCAUGAUGCAAAGCCCUCGGACAAAGCCUAGAAAAUCAACUGUGGGGGCACUUUAUGCUGUAGGAGGCAUGGAUGCUAUGAAAGGUACUACUACUAUUGAAAAAUAUGACCUCAGGACCAACAGUUGGCUACAUAUUGGCACCAUGAAUGGCCGUAGGCUUCAAUUUGGAGUUGCAGUUAUUGAUAAUAAGCUCUAUGUCGUGGGAGGAAGAGACGGUUUAAAAACUUUGAAUACAGUGGAAUGUUUUAAUCCAGUUGGCAAAAUCUGGACUGUGAUGCCUCCCAUGUCAACACAUCGGCACGGCUUAGGUGUAGCCACUCUUGAAGGACCAAUGUAUGCUGUAGGUGGUCAUGAUGGAUGGAGCUAUCUAAAUACUGUAGAAAGGUGGGACCCUGAGGGACGACAGUGGAAUUACGUAGCCAGUAUGUCAACUCCUAGAAGCACAGUUGGUGUUGUUGCAUUAAACAACAAAUUAUAUGCUAUUGGUGGACGUGAUGGAAGUUCCUGCCUCAAAUCAAUGGAAUACUUUGACCCACACACUAACAAGUGGAGUUUGUGUGCUCCAAUGUCCAAAAGACGUGGAGGUGUGGGAGUUGCCACAUACAAUGGAUUCUUAUAUGUUGUAGGGGGGCAUGAUGCCCCUGCUUCCAACCAUUGCUCCAGGCUUUCUGACUGUGUGGAACGGUAUGAUCCAAAAGGUGAUUCAUGGUCAACUGUGGCACCUCUGAGUGUUCCUCGAGAUGCUGUUGCUGUGUGCCCUCUUGGAGACAAACUCUACGUGGUUGGAGGAUAUGACGGACAUACUUAUUUGAGCACAGUUGAGUCAUAUGAUGCACAGAGAAAUGAAUGGAAAGAGGAAGUUCCUGUUAACAUUGGAAGAGCUGGUGCAUGUGUUGUAGUGGUGAAGCUACCCUAAAGCUAUCUAUCUUUAUCAAAUGGAAUGAAACUGGAUAAUUUCAAGAAACUGAGUAGGACAAAGGGAGAAAGAAAUACAUGUUCUUUUCCCUGCAAUUAAUAAUCAGACUGGAAAAUUGUUGUAUCAUUUUAAUUUGUAGUUACAAUUGCUUUCAUUCGUGAAGCCAAAACGUUUUUAAACAUGAAUUACAUAUGAAUUAUUAAGCAUAUGUGCUUUCGCAGCUGAUAAUAUAAAAGGAAAUCCCAUAGUCUAGAUAUAGCCCCAUUACUACAAAAUGCUAAAAUAUUUAAUGAAAAUCGAUGGUGGCCACAGUGUGCAGGUUAUAAAAGCAUUAAUACAUUUCAAGGUAAGAGCCUUAGAAGUUAAAAGCAUUUUCAGUUUUUUUUUAAAAAACGUACUCUUAUUAUCUGGAACAUAGAAAUAUAAAAGGUAACAUCUAAAGCUUAGAAUAGUGUGAUUUUUAGCAAGCCAUUAUUCUCCUAUUCAAAUAAUAUCCCAAAGAGCUAAACAAUUCCUUACAUUUACCAAGAGGAAAGCUUUUACUGUGUUGAAGCUAAAAAAAAAUAAUGGCUCUUUGACAAAACUUGUUAUGUUGAUCACGGUAUGUCAAAAUUUUUACAGGUUUCCUCAUCUGCCAGAGCACACAUAUAAAUUUGGUAUUUCUUAACAUAUUGUCUUGUUAGAUUUGUUACCAGUAAAAUAUUAUUGUAAUUUCAUAUACACAGUCUAUACAAUGAAAUAAUGAAUAUUUAUCAUAUUGAUACAAACUGUGACCUCAGCUUCAGAGUGUCAGGGCCUCACUUCUAUAGAAUGUAAUAUUCUCCUCAAACAUUUAUGUUAACUCUAUAAACAAAUAUCGUUAAGUUAAACAAGUUUUCAAAAACAAAACAAUUUUUAAAGUACCUUAAAAUUGAGGAUGUUACUCAGUGUUAACACAUGGGAACACCAAAAUAUUCAAUAAGCCUGGUCAAUUCUAUAGUUAUCUUUUUUGUACCAGCACAUGCUUUUCUGUUACUGUUAUAUUAUCCAGUAGAAAAUGUUAGGAUAUGUGUGCUAUAUCAAAAAAAAAAAGACUUGUUAAGUUUUAAAAUAACAAAAAUGGCUAGUUGAAUACUAUUUUAUGUGUAAUUCUUCCAUUUAUUCUGUUUAAUUAUACAACUAAGUGAAAUAUUGAAAAACCCUUUGUGAAAGUAACUUUUCAAGUAAAUGCACAACUUUAGAAUUUCUACAAAUAAGUUCUUUUAAAUAGUCUUUUCAUUGUGGAUUGUGAAAUCAAAAUCUGGAGAAAUGCUUAUAAAAUAUACUACUAGCUUUUAAGUUUUAAGAAAGAACAAUGUAAGUUGUACAAAGAUAUUUGUACUUUGACAAACUGAAUUUAAAUAAACUUUAUUUCCUCUCACUAUAGUGUGGCUUUAGAAUACAUCAAGUACAACCUGAAUGGACUUUUUGAUUUUACAUUUCCUAUAUCACUAAAAUACUUAAACACAAAAUUCCACUCCUUUAUUUCUUCUUACGCCUGCCAUUGUCUCUAAUUCUAAAGAGAGAGCUAUAGAUUUCUGCAGUUCUAGAGGUGAAGACAGAGACAUAGAGAGGCUGUGAAACACACAUACAGCCCUGUUAGGUCUUUUGAAUUCACACCUUAUUGAAAUCAGUGUAGAAGUAGAGUUACCUAAACCUUUAUCGCCAAUGCACAGCUUGGCCUGUUAAGUUAAAUGUGGGUGUCAACCAGUGGAAAAGAUCAAAGGACCUUUUGCAGCCUAGCUUGCCAAUCUUCCAGUAACAACAACGAGGUGCUACCAAUAGGCAGACUGUGUCUAGAGUCAUGCAUGGACAAGAGGAAAGUGAAAGUUGAAUACUGUCUUCUCAAUGGCAUAGCUGGACUUGAUUAAGUAUUGACUCAUAGAAGAGACAUGUAUGUUUCCCAGGGCUACCCCUUCAUAGCUGCAUUUAAAAAUGGUGUUCAGGCCACUAUGGCUGCUGUGGUUUGAAUAUUUUUUUCCCUCGAAAAUUCAUGUUGAAACUUAACUCCUAAUGUAGCAGUACUGAGAGGCAGGGCCCUUAAGAGGUGAUUGGGCCAUGAGGUCUGUGCCCUCCUGAAUGGAUUAAUCCAUUCAUGGAUUAAUGGAUUAUUAUGAGUGGGGGACUGGUGACUUUAUAUGAAAAGGAAGGAAGAGUGACCUAAGCUAGCAUGCUCAGGGUGCACCGUAUGUCCCCUGGUCAUGUGAUGCUGUGUUACCUUGGGACUUACCUGACAGCUCUUACCAACAAGAAGGCCAUCCCAGAUAUGGCCUCUCAACCUCAGACUUCUCAGCCUGCCUAACUGUAAGAAAUUAAUUCUUUUUCUUUAUAAAUUACCCAGGUUCUGUUUUAAGCCUCAGAAAAUGAACUAAGACAAUGCCCCAGAUGAGCUGCCAAAAUCUGAGCAGAUAUCAGCCAUCAGAAUAGAGACCUGCAGAGGCCCAGGGCACUCAAACAUAACUGUGCUUGUCUCAGUCAAACUUAAUUGGGAAAAGGAGGAGUAAGAGCAGGCCCUUUCUGACAUGCUUUAGCAGAGAUAACUUAUCAGGGCUAGGUUAAACAAAUGUAUAUAGGAAAGGAUGUUAUUUAUAUAUUCUUUCAAGAGUGUAAGGGCUCACACAUUUACUAUACUCAGAUCUGAAAGACAAUGUUGCUUCUUGAUUUUCUUCUAUAAUCACUAUGACCGUGUUCAGGAUUCCCUACUCUGCAACUCUCAGCAUGCAUCAUGAUGAUUCUCUAACACUGUCUGUCACCUUCCUGUAUUUCCACAGGGCAUGCAAGAACUUCUACAAAACUUCUAUACCACACAGAAGCUGAAAGAGACUCUGGGGCACUAAAUUCAGAUCCUUUCUCCACACAGCAAUGCCAUUUAUCAAUCUGACUCAGGUGUGGCUGUUGCCCCUUUUUGAUAUGGAGGGAACAAUGAAAGACAGUUUCCUUCUGGAGUUCCAAAUGCAAUAUAGAAAAAAAAACCCUGUGACUCUGGAUUUUAUUUUUAAGUUAUCUAACAAGACUCCUACCUUGAGAUCUUAGUCUAGGUAAAGAAAAAAAAAAAAAGGUCAUGAAACACAUAUGUCCUCAACUGUCAUCUUUCUGUGUUUACUUUCUCCCAAUCACAUCACCUGAGGUAGAAGAGAUUUUUCAGCUGCUAUUUCUCUUCGUAAUGAAUUUUCUUUACAUCCUGUCCACACUGCUGGAGAUACUAAGUCCCAACCUAAAUGAUGGAAGGAGCAUCUCCCCUCUUGUCUGUGGAAGAUAUCACAUGAACUACCUAACUUUCAAGCAUGGAUCUCCAUAUUUCAAAGGAAAGUUUUUUAAAUGUUUUUAAAAUUUCAAAUAUCUCACCACAGUGAAUUAUGGGUAAGGUGAUAAUAUGUUUAAUUAGCUUGAUUUAAUCAUCCCACACUGUAUACAUAUGCCAAAAUAUCAUUUUGUAUGCCAUAAUGUAUAUGAUUUAUGAAUUAUAGUAAUAUUAAUAAAAGUGUUAAAGCUU